ACCGCAAUCUCAAAGGUACAAUCCCCGAAUAACACGACGCUCUGAAAAUCGUAGCUCAAAAAAAAAAAAAAAGAAAAGAAAAGAAAAGAAAGAAAGAAAACCAAAAUCGCAGCCAUCAUUUCUUUUUUCUAUUUUCUUUCUUAUAAUAAAACCCCUAUUUUUGAACGUUCCCUUUCCCUUUUCCCCUUAUUUCAACCGCCUAAGUCUUGUCGGACCAUCGGUCCUUUCCCCUUCCACAGAUCGUUGAAUUGAAGAAAAAAUCCAAAGACCCACAUUCUAUAACCAGGGUGUUGAUUUUGCUUCUAGUUCAGUUUGAAGGGAUUUUGUGUAGCUGAGAAAUAGGGAGUAAAGAUGGUGAAGAUGACAAUGAUUGCUCGUGUUACUGACGGUCUUCCUCUGGCGGAGGGACUGGAUGAUGGUCGUGAUCUCAAAGAUGCUGAAAUGUACAAACAGCAAGUCAAGGCUUUGUUUAAGAAUCUCUCCAAAGGCCAGAAUGAGGCUUCAAGGAUGUCGAUUGAAACUGGCCCAUAUGUGUUUCACUAUAUCAUUGAAGGACGUGUUUGUUACUUGACAAUGUGUGACCGUGCUUAUCCUAAGAAACUUGCCUUUCAAUAUCUGGAAGACCUCAGGAAUGAAUUUGAGCGUGUUAAUGGAGCUCAUAUUGAGACAGCUGCCAGGCCUUAUGCCUUUAUUAAAUUUGAUACAUUCAUACAGAAGACAAAAAAAUUGUACCAGGACACCCGUACUCAACGGAAUAUUGCAAAGUUGAAUGAUGAACUCUAUGAAGUUCACCAAAUAAUGACUCGCAAUGUACAAGACGUUCUUGGUGUUGGUGAAAAGUUGGACCAGGUCAGUCAAAUGUCCAGUCGUUUGACAUCAGAAUCUCGCAUCUAUGCUGACAAGGCAAGAGAUUUAAAUCGACAGGCUUUAAUUCGGAAGUGGGCUCCUGUUGCUGUUGUGUUAGGAGUUGUUUUCCUCCUCUUCUGGGUGAAAGCAAAGCUAUGGUGAUUCAACUGUGCUUCAUAGUUGUAAGAACUCAUCAUGGAAUUUCUUGGGUUUCUCUGCGUUGCUGUGGAUAGCUUGUUGUCCACACUCCAGAGACCAAAAAUUGGAGUAAAUUCUGGUUUUUGUUCAUCACACAAUUCGGCGAAGCAUAGGGACAAGUUUGCAAUGUGGAAUUGUGAAGGAGAGACCCUCUUUUAAGAGCAUAUGUUCAAAGACAAAACUAUUCCUUUCUACAUGUAAAAGCUGGAACACGAUAGCGAAUAGUAAACUACUCAAAAUCUUCCUGUCGUAUUUAUUUUAAGUACUAGAACAUCAUUGCCAUUUUGUUUGAUGGAUUUACUAGCUUUUAAUUACUCUUAAUCCAUGGCAAAAAGGAGGCAAGAUCUACGAA